UCCACCAGAAAGUCCUACUGACCCCGUGAAGCUGACUGUCAUACAAACAUAUCGCAUGUUUUAGGGACCAUGUCAUCCUCUGAUAGGAUUGAAGCCAACAGCUGCUAAUGGUGGAGGGAACCUGAGGAAACCAUCUCAAGCUGAAAUGGCAAAAGAAUAUGUUCAAACAAAAUGAAGUUACCUUUUGGAAGGUCGACCAUAAAACCAUGGUUAAUGCCGCGAUUUUGUAAAAAGAAAGAUAUUUAAGUGAAAAGUGAAAUGACUGAUGGAGAAAACAGGCGGUUAAAGCUAAAUGUGGCUGCAGGAGGGCCUGUCAUCUGUCACCAAGAGCAAUGGGCUUCUCAAUAUCACCUUUAAAUAUGACAACUGCACUCCUUACCUGAAUUCAGUGGGAAAGCAUGUGAUUGGAGAUGUGCAGAAUAUAACAAUCAGUCAGUAUGCAUGUUAUGAACAAGUUGCAGUCACAAUACUUUGGACAGCAAAUGCCAUUGGGAUUGAAUACCUGAGAGGAUUCCGAGUAAUACUUGAAGAGUUGAAAUCAGAGGGAAGGCAAUGUCAGCAGAUGGUUUUAAGAGACCCAAAGCAGCUCAGCCCAAGUUUUAAAAGAACAGGAAUGGAAUCUAAUCCCUUUGCAAAUCUGAAGUUUGAAACAGAUUACUUUGUAAAGAUUGUGCCUUUUCCUUCCAUUAAAAAUGAAAGUAAUUAUCACCCAUUCUUUUUCCGAACUCGACCAUGUGAAUUAUUGCUACAGCCAGAAAAUCUCAUCUGCAAACCUUACUGGAAGCCACGGAAUCUGAAUGUUACCCAGCAGGGUUUUAAUAUGCAUGUGUCUUUUGAUCAUGCUCCCCACAACUUUGGAUUUAGAUAUUACUUUCUUCAUUACAAACUGAAGCAUGAAGGGCCGUUCAAGCAAAAGACCUGCAAGCAGGAUCAAAACACGGAUACUACAAGUUGUAUUCUUCAGAAUGUUACUCCAGGGGAUUAUAUAAUCGAGCUGGUCGACGACACCAAUACAACAAGAAAAACAAUGCACUAUGCACUAAAACCAGUACAUUCUCCAUGGGCUGGACCAAUAAGAGCUAUUGCCAUUACAGUCCCUUUAGUUGUCAUUUCGGCAUUUGCAACACUUUUCACUGUGAUGUGCCGCAAAAAGCAGCAAGAGAAUAUAUAUUCCCAUCUAGAUGAGGAGAGCUCAGAAUCUUCAGCUUACGGUGCAGGUCUCCCUGUGGAAAGACUUCACCCCCGGCCAAAAGUGUUCAUCUGCUAUUCCAGUAAAGAUUGCCAGAAACACAUUAAUGUUAUCCAGUGCUUUGCUUAUUUUCUUCAGGACUUCUGUGGCUGUGAGGUGGCUCUAGAUUUGUGGGAAGAUCUGAAGAUUUGUAAAGAAAGUCAGAAAGAAUGGCUCAUUAAAAAAAUAAACGAGUCUCAGUUUAUCAUCAUCGUGUGCUCCAAGGGAAUGAAAUACUUUGUUGAAAAAAAGAAUUGGAAACAUAGAGGAGUAACCAAAGAUGUGGGGAAAGGAGAACUCUUUCUGUUUGCUGUGUUGACUGUUGCAGAGAAGCUUCGUCAAGCAAAGCAGAAUUCAAGUGACCUCUGCAAGUUCAUUGCAGUCUACUUUGAUUACUCCUGCGAGGGAGACAUUCCUGGUAUUCUGGAUCUAAGUACAAAAUACAAACUCAUGGACAAUCUGCCUCAGCUUUAUUCACAUUUACAUUCCAGAGACCUUAGUGUGCAGGAUUCAGAGGUGUUUCCCGUUAACGUUAGUAAAAGGAAUUAUUUCAGGAGCAAAUCUGGUAGGUCUCUUUAUGUUGCCAUUUGUAAUAUGCAUCAGUUCAUUGAUCAGGAACCAGACUGGUUUGAGAAACAGUUUAUUCCCUUCCUUCCACAUCCUUUACAUUACUCGGAGCCUGUCAUGGAAAAAUUUGACUCAGGCUUGGUUUUAAAUGACUUAGUGAAUAAACAGGCAGCAGAUGAUGAUUUCUACCUGAAAACAGAUGUAAAUAUUAUUUCAGCUGGAAAUUCAGACUCUCAUUGUAUAAUUCAGCACUUAAAUCUUGGAGAAGACACAGAAACUCAGGACAUUCAAGGUGGUGGCAGCUCUGUUCUUCGACCAUUGUUACACGCUGUUAAAGCUUCAAAUCUUAAAGAUAUGCCUCGAGAUUCUGGAAUCUAUGAUUCAUCCGUUCCUUCAUCUGAACUGUCUUUGCCUUUGAUGGAAGGACUACUGACAGAUCAAACUGAAACGUCUUCCAUCACAGGAAGUGUUUCUUCAUCAUCAGGUCUAGGGGAAGAAGAACCUCCUGUAAUCACUUCCACAAAGUUCUUAGUGCCUGGAAUAUGUAAAGCAGAACUUCACUGCCAUAUCCAUACUGAUGAACUGCAGGCAAUUGCUCCUUUGUAAUACAUCAGUACAUAGUUAUGCAUUGCCACUUUAUCAGCAGCCUCUGUGCUUCAACCACAAUGCUAUUGCAGCACUAAAUCUACUUGAAGGAACAAAUACUCCCUGAAGAUGACCUGUUAUUCCUAAGUGAUUUUUAUGGCCAGUAAAUCUGAUCCUGUUGGGCUUAAAACAGUCUCUCAUGAUUUGAAAAGAUGGAAGAAUAGAUGAGAAACAUUUCAGUGUUAUUCCUAUUACUAACUUAAAUUUCUUGAUGUUACACUGUUUAUAGAUGUCAUAAUAAAAAGUGACCUUAUUUAUUAGGCACAAUCUUGUAACUGGGCAUAAAAUUGCUUGGAAUAUUGAGUUCAGUAAAUUUUGUAUUCCAGCCUCUAAUGUCAAAUGCUGACAUUUCUGAUGCCAGGAGUGUUGUAGUGAAUGAGAGCAGGAAGUUUUUAGGAAGGAAGAUAAAAAAAACCAAAGGUGAGAUCAAGAAAUUUUUGUUCAGGAGAAACUAUUUUCUAGAAAUAUUUUGGUUCCUAUUUUCAUAGUUUCAUUGAGCCAACCACUGAACAGAAGCCUGUGAGAUAUUUCAAAGUUCACAGUACUUAUCAUUACUUAGUGACUGAGAGACUAUGCUAUUAUUAGUGUUACGUUAACAAACAAACAAAAAAACCCAAAAAAUACAUCUGGUCGUGUUUGUCUUAAGGGCAUGGAAUGUGUGAGUCCUUCGUCCUGCAGUGGCCAGGUGGGUUCACCCUUACCCAAAUUACUGCUGCUAUUUCCAAAGAGGAACUUUUCAGGUAAAUUCCAGCUGUGUAACUGACUGCAGUUCUAAGUGCCAGAAUGGUAACAGCUAACAGCGAAGGACACCACCUCAGUGUGCCUUUGCUAGUUCUACUCAUACAGUCAAACUCUGACUCGUCUCAUCCAUAUUCAUUUUCUGCUACCAGGAGGUUACUUUAGGGGAAGUAAAGUGCAUUGAGGGAGACCUCUAAUACCUCAAAUACUCAAUCCAUUUUGGUAGAGGAGAAUUAGACACUGCCAAUUGUUACAUUAUAUUACCCAUUUUAACAUGAGAUAGGACCAUUAAAGUAGAGGUCUUGGCUGAGUAGCUUUGAAGCUAUCAUUUUGUUCGUUUUUGCAUUGAUUUAUAUAUAAUCAUUUGAAGAUCCAAAUGGAAAACUCCCAAAAUUGCUGUCACAAAUUCAUUAAGGAGGGUGCUAUAAGGGGUAAAAUGUAACAAUUAUUUGAACAUACCAGUUGAUGGCAGAACUUUGGCAUGCUUUGCUGUUUUAAUAUGGAGUUAUAACGUGAUGUCAUACGUAUGUGUCAGAUUUGGAGGUUCUUGUCCAUUAAUGUAACAUCCAUUAGCUCAUCUGUACCUGUUUUCUGAAUUUGAAAGAGCACUAACUGAAAAAUGUCAAACUCACAGCAUCCAAGUAAGCUGGAUACAGAGUGCAUCAUUGAGUUUUACUAGAGAAAGUGGUUGGACUAAUAAAAUACAGGUUAGAAGGGUUACAGAAGUUGUGUGCUGAAGAGCUGCUGUACAUGGAAGUACCAAAGCUACAGUCAUAAGAAAGAGGCAAUUUCUUAGCAACUGGAAGAUGAAGGUAAUGCUUCUUUCCUCCAGGUAAAUUCCUAGUACUCAUAGUAUUAUUUUGUGCUAGGCUAAAUGGAAGAUUCUGUGGUUCUGUUAAAUUCAGUGUUACUUAAAGGAAUUAAGUUUUCAUUUUGAGGUCUAAGAAGGCUCAGUUUUGAAAAUGGAGAAAAGCAGUUGCUAGUUGUUUUUAAUGUUUUUACUUUGAUUUCCUCAAAAUUUGCUGUAUAAUCCUGCAAGUCGUAAUUGUUUUGUAACUAAAAUGUCUGUGUGGAAGUCAAUUAAAUCCUUUAUAGGUGGAGGAAAAACCAGACAAUUCCUUCAUUCCCUUGUAGCAUAAAGCAGAAGCUGUAUAUUACAUGACCUUGGAAGAAAGCAAGCGUACUUAAUGGAAAAUGUAUAGCAGGACAAACCCACACUUUAAAGUACAUACACACACACAGACAGAAUUGAAGAAAAUGAUGUGAUUCUUGAUCUAAUUUAUGCAUAUUUUUUUUCAAAGCCACGGUAAUUCAUAAAAUUAGAAAGAAUAUUACAUAUAUUGACAUACUAGAAGGAAACAGUGCUAAGUUUGCAAAAGUUCUCUAUUUUUCCUCCAAAGAAUUUAACAGCCAAAAUCCUUGUAAAAAGUAUUUUUAAAACAAAUCUGUAAAUACAUAUAUUAGAGGUUAGCUUACUACUAUUUUCAAGCAUUAGUAAACUCUAAAUGAUGUUAAUGGUGAACGGAUCCCCUUAAUUACUGCUAGAUGAAAGUGUGUGGACAUCAAGUGUUUUAAAAUACAUUUUUUUGGGAAGGUGGAAAAAACACUGAAAAGCCAAAGGUUCAAGGAAUAGCUGCAUGUCCAGCAUGUUGGUAAGUAUUGUUGCCAUGAUUGUACCAGCCCAUAAACACAACAACUGUUGAAAGCAGAAUGCAGCUGAUAUUUGCAGAAAUAAAAAUUCAUGAUACUUUAAGUCUGAAUAAAACAUUUUUGUUCAGUUGGUUUCAUUUGGCUUUUCUUAGUAGUAUAGGAAGACCUAGCUCGAGUCCAGUUGUUUUAUCCAGUUAAGCAGUUAUCCAGUUUAUGCAGUUAUGCAUCCCAUGCAAACAGUCAGACCUGAACCACUGUUCACACUCCACAUCUAGAAAUGGAACUGAUAUUUUGAUGUGUGUUUAAUAUAGUGAAGCAACUGUAAGAAACUGUACUUGUCUGAAAGUUCUGUAUUGCAAAGACUGGGUCUGAUUUUUUUAAAUAAAACUGCCUUAAUAUGACUUAAUAAAGUUAUUUUCUAUGUA